AUGGAUUAUAUAGAUGAAAAUCGUUUACAAGAAAAAUCACGUCGUCGGCAACAAUCACAAACAAAACAUUAUAGUGAUAAACGACGUUUUGGUUUUAUAGAUAUUGAAAAAGAAGAUUUACCACCUGAACAUAUACGAAAAAUUAUUCGUGAUCGUGGUGAUAUGACAAAUAAAAAAUUUCAUCAUGAUAAACAUAUUUUUUUGGGUGCUUUAAAAUAUAUGCCACAUGUUAUACUUAAAUGA